UACACUUAUGCAAGGGUCAAGGCCAUUGAGUUCAUCAACAAACACACACACUACACUUUAGGGUAGACAUGAGUGGAACCUCUUGCCAUGAUGCCACUCCUCCUCUACUUCAAGACCUAAAGGUCACCAUUCACAAAUCCUCCAUGGUUUUUCCAUCCAAAGAAAUUGAGAGAAAGUCCUUGUUCUUGUCAAACAUAGACAAGGUUCUCAACUUUGAUGUAGAAACGGUUCACUUCUUUGGUGCCCACAAAGAUUUUCCUCCUGAUGUUGUGACCCAAAGGUUCAAGGAUGCCCUAGAGGAUGCCCUUGUGGUUUAUGACUUCUUGGGUGGAAGAUUGAAGAUAAACUCUCACACCAACAGAUUAGAGAUGGAUUGUAAUGCAGAGGGAGCUGGCUUCGUGGUGGCUUCCAGCGAUUACAGAUUGGAUCAGAUAGGGGAAUUGGAUUAUCCAAAUCCAUCUUUUGCACAAUUGGUUCAUAAGAAUAAAGAUUUUCUUAAACAGGCUGAUGACCCACUCUGUGUCGCCCAGGUGACAUCCUUCAAGUGUGGUGGCUUUGCGAUUGGCAUCUCAACAAGCCACACUACCUUUGAUGGAAUUAGCUUCAAAACCUUCUUAGACAACAUUGCCUCAAUAGCUGCUAAAACGCCCUUGGCUGUGACGCCGUGUCAUGACAGGCACCUUCUAGCCGCCCAAUCCCCUCCACGUGUCAGAUUCUCACACCCCGAGAUGCUCAAGAUAGGUGACCUCCCCCCAGGGCUAGAAUCUUGCAUUUUUGAGGUCUCAUCUGAGCAACUUGACUUCAAGGUUUUCAAACUAAGCUCCAAUGACAUCACCAAAUUGAAGGAGAAGGCGAAGGCGAAGGCUUCUGUUAACGGUGGCACGUGUUGCUCCUCGGCACGUGUCACUGGCUUUAACGUUAUUACUGCCCAUAUAUGGAGGUGCAAGGCACUGUCUGGUGAUGAUGACCCAAAUAGGUCAUCAACUAUACUAUACGCUGUGGACAUAAGAUCAAGGUUGAACCCUCCAUUGCCCAAAUCAUAUGCUGGAAAUGCUGUGUUAACCGCAUAUGCCACGGCUAAGUGUAAGGAAAUAAAAGAAGGGCCAUUUUUGAGGUUGGUUGAAAUGGUGACUGAGGGUGCAAAUAGGAUGACAAAUGAGUACGCAAAAUCUAUCAUAGAUUGGGGAGAGGUAAAUAAAGGGUUUCCAAAUGGGGAGGUUUUGGUGUCUUCAUGGUGGAGAUUAGGGUUUGAAGAGGUGGAGUAUCCUUGGGGGAAGCCAAAGUAUUGUUGCCCUGUGGUUUAUCAGAGGAAGGAUAUUAUUUUGUUAUUUCCUCCUAGUGAUGGAGGUGAUGGGGUGAGUAUCAUUGUGGCUCUUCCUCCCAAGGAAAUGGAAAAAUUCCACGCUCUCUUCAACAAGUUCUUGAUUUUAGAUUGAGGGAUACAUGUCUCCCCAUCUACGUGAUGCCAUUGUUAUAGUAUGAUAUUCUUAGGUUUUUACUAGUUAUUUUUUAAUAAUAA